AUGAUUUUAAAAAAUAUAUUUUUUUUAACGUUCUCUGCUAUAAGUUUCUUUCAUAUAACAACCGCAUAUGAUCAUAUAUGCGAUUUUAAUGAUGAAAGACCUUUAACAUUCCAAAAGAAUCAAAAUAGUAAUAAUACAAAAACAUGUAAAUUAGAACCAGCUGUAAUGGAUAGAGUAAUUAUAAAAUGUGGAUCUGAUAAAUUAAAAUACAAACUGAAUCCUCCAAACUGCUUACAAGAAGUUUAUGAAACAAAUACUCUCGUAAAUAAAAAGAAAAUUCAUGAUGUUCUAGAGGGAGCUUCCAGUAUAAUGAUUCGUAAAAACCCAGAAGAAGAUUUUAAUGAUGUUUCAUUAAGAAUACCUCCAAAUAUUUUUGAAAAUAAACGUAUAUUUUGCACAUGUAUAAGUGAAAAAACUAUAAGAGUAAGAAAAAAUAAUGAAGAAAGUAAUAAAUUAAUAUCAAAUACAGGUAUUGUUGAAAUUGUGAUACCUACUUUAAAAGAAAAAAUAGGAGGUUGUGAUUUUACGAAUGAAAAAUCCUCUUUAUUCACUAAAGGAUAUGACUAUUCAUUAGAUUUAAGUAAAGAAGAAAAUAAAAUUACAUGCAAAAUUCCUUUGAAAGGAAAUAAGCUAAUUGGUUUUAAAUGCCCUAAAAAUUCUAAUAUUAAACCUGAAGAUUGUUUUGUAAGUGGAUAUAACACAAAAGGAAAACUUGAAAAUCUGCAGAAUACUUUCGGUUUUACCGAAUUAAUUAUGGAUCAUUAUAAUAAUAUAUUUUAUUCUAAAUUACCAAGUGAAAUAAAUAGAGAAGCAAGUUUUUUUUGUCUAUGUUUAUUAAAAGAAAAAAAAUUUGUUGCUUAUUUUUAUAGUGGAAGCGAAAGCAAACAAAAUGAAAAUAUUACCCUUCCCACUUUAUCUACCAAAAAAUCAAGUAGUAAUUUUGUAAAUAUGUCACUUUUUAUUUUGUUUUUAUAUUUUGUUUCCUUUUCUUUUAUUUUAUAA